AGUCGACGCGAAUCUGGCGACUCCCAGUGAUCAAGGGCGAGCGGACCACUACGUACCGCGGAGGGCGCUGCUCGCUUGCCAGAUUCCGUGCGCAUGCCCCCUCUGGCGUGCCAGACGGCGCAGUCGCUAUUCAUCCACGAGCGCAAUGACAAGUCUAACUUUUGACGCGUCUCGACGUUCAUAGAGGACCUGAGCGCCUGAGCCUCGGAAGGUUGUUGUCGAUCAAGGCGACCGUCAGACUGUCUGUGACCAGUAGUGUAGCUACCAGAAGUACGGAGAGACUCGAACCAGCCCGCGACGCCCCUUCAGGACGGAGGAGCUACUUCAUACUUCUGCUCGCUUCUACCAUCGACAAUGGGCAACAGAUAGGCUUGUCAUCGAUCUCACAGCCCUCAGAGGUUCUCUCUCGCCCAGACCGCUCCUUCGGUAGCGAUGGACAGGUACGCGAGCGUCGUGCUUGGGCCCAGCACGAUCCGUCUAGCCCAAGGCCUCUCGGCAGUGACGGCACUGCCCGGCGGUGUGCCAGCGGAUCCAAUUCCCGGCUCAAACAGUCUCGGUACGCUCAAUGAUGAACUUUCGGUACUUCGGUCGAGGCUUGAGUCACGCCUGAGCACCCUCAGGCAAGAUGCUUCUGUUGCCACGCUCUCGGUCGAAAGACCGGCUGCAUCAAGUUCUGCCGUCGUCUCUCCUGCCCUGGGACUCACAGUCGCGCACCCAUCUCAAGCAGCGACUACCAAUGGUCUCGAUCGCGCACGACCAGUCGGUUCGGAGCUGCUUCCGGCCGCCAAGAGUCAAGACGUGCAAGCUGAUCCGGCGUUCGUUCAACACGAGCUUGCGCACAAGAAGCGCAAGCUGAAUGGAGACGGACGGAAGCAGAAGAAGAGCGCAGCGAUCAUACACGACUCUGACGAAGAUAGUGACGUGUCCCUUUCAAUGGCCACAGCCGCAGCGGCGCCGAAGAAGUCGCAAACACAAUUGCUGAAAAAAACGGGCAAAGGCAAGCGAGAAGGCUCAACGGGUGGCAUCGCGGUCAAGCUCAAAUUAGGCGGCAAUAAGCGACCUGUUUGCGAGGACUUUCUGCUACCGCCCAUCCUUACCGCGCUCGCACUCGGCACACCGUCCAGGCCAGAUUUGCUGCCGCUUAGCCGAGGCCCGACGAGUCAAUCUCAGGUCAUCGAGGAUUUCUCCAAGGCAAGAACUACGAAUCAAGUUCCCUUCACGACGUUCUCGCCAUGGGUAGAGCAGUACCUGAGGACGUUUGGAGAGGACGAUCUGGCGUUCUUAGCGGUCAAGUCAGAAGAUCUGGCGCCUUUCGUCAUACCGAAAGUGGGGCGACACUAUCUCGAUUCGUGGGCAGAGGCAGAUAUACUGGCGCUGAUUGCAUCAGAGCUAGCAGACGACCCGCCACCCAUGCCACCGACCGACGGACCUUCGCCGCUGCUGUAUGGGCAGAUACAACGGACGCGACCUUCGGAACUGGACAAUGAGACCUUGCCAACGGAAGAAGCCUGCCUCGGGCCGCUGACAGAGCGACUCGUAUCUGCGCUCGGCGCCCGUUUCGUAUCGUCGCCAUGUUCUGGCGAGACCAGACAUUCGCCGGCCUCUUCUACAUCGCAUUUGCCCGCUGGUCCACCGGGUGAGAGAAUCGACAUUGAUGCGGCCGAGAUGGAGGAGCAGGUCAAGCGCGAGCUGCGCUAUCUCGGCAUCUUGCCGGAUCCAUCUUCGCAUGAUCAUCCAGGUCGAUUGGGACCGCUCGAUCUCGGCAAGUCAUUGAAUGAAUCGAGCAGUGCCCGCAAAGAAACAGAGAUCGACUGGGGCUCGCGGGAAGACGACGAGAUUUCUACAGCAUUGCGGGCAUGUCAGCGGCUCUUGCGUGAUCAGAUGGCGAUCAAUGAAGCCCGACGAGAAUGUCUGAGCGACGCUGUUCGAGAGAGAAUGGCAUUUCAGGAUUACGAGGCCAUGCGAGACGGUCUGGAGAAGACGGUCGAGACGGGGUGGAUCAAGCGACAGCGGACGACGAAACGCAAAGUCGCCAAGAACAAAUACUACAAGCCCAAUACGGUGAUCGAAUCCGGUCUGCCGCCGCUCUCUGAGGACCUCGUGGUUGCACUUGACAAUCGUCGCCGAUUUGUUGAGGGCCUGGCGCCUAUCUUUGCUGACGAACCUGGUCGGCAAGGCCGCUUCCGCGGUCUGCCACGCGAGAGCGUGUUCAGGAACAAUCUCUUGGCGACAAUACCGCCCUCUGACCGGUCAGCUUUAGAGCAGCUGCCGUCAGCGCCCGCAGGCUGAACCUAAUGCACACCAUUUGAUCAUUCAGUCGCGUAUCUAGACUUUAUGGCGCUUGCUCGACAUCUCCAUCGUACUUCUAGAGCCGCGCCAGAUCGGCGUCAGAGUCGCAAGGAGUGGUAACGAAUGCUUGAAAGCAACAUGGAUUCGAGCCUCCCUAGCAGGUCGUUGUUCGAUGACCGCGAGAGUCCAGAUGAUGGUCCAGCCGCGUAUCGACUCGAGCAAGACAAUGGCGGACAGAUCUGUGGCAUCGACGAAUGUGACGCGCGUGCCGAGCCAAGUCUGUGCCGAGAGUUGCACACCUAUGCCCC